UCAUUCGAUGUAAAUAUAACCUUAUCAAUAUAACUCUCAAUUUUGUAAAAUAUUCAUUUGCAGUAGAACAUGCUGACAUACUAAAUAACAAUGAACAAUAGGAAAAGGUUGAUCGAAUCUAUCUGUACAUUAUAGUAUAAAAUACUAAAAGUAGGACUCCUGAUUCCCGACAUUUGCAAACGCAGUGUUGCCACGUUAAAUAUCACUACUCGCAUCUAAAGUGAGCCAGUGAAAGAAUAAUUAUAUGUACAAGCCACUAGCCUCGAUGUGUGUCUGCAGCUAGUGCCUUGAGUUCUUCACUAGACGACAAUAAGCCGUGGUACAGUAGAGUAAAAAAUAUGACAAGUAACAUGUUUUACUAUACGUGCAUCCAAUAUUCCAUUCUUCGAUUUUUAUUUGUUACUGUCAGUCGGAUACAUGAAUUAAAUUAAAAAUAGUGUCGAUGAUUGUGCACUCAAAUACUGGUCAUAAUUACGUCCACAUUGGGGCGUUAGGUGUUCAUCUGCCGGCCGUCAACUGCAACAUUUUUAAUCGUUAGUCGUUGCCAGUGAUGACAACAGACGGACGACAAAGCGUCUCUCGAAGAACGAGAUACGAGGAAGAACACGAUUUGCGACUUGGGAUGAUACGUAAUCGGUUUUGGGUAAGACGAAGCGAGAGUUAGAGAGCCGUGUAACGAAUCAUUCGACUUUGACCGUGAUCGGAGACACAAGUAGUCGUUGUUGCGUUCCUGUUUCGUGAAAAUUUGGCGCGCGUUUCAUUUUCGAUACUGCUGAAUUAUUUAUCGACCGAUCAUGGAGGAAGAAGCUGUGGAAGGGAUUGCAACGAAAAAUGGGGAUCCGAAUGUGAAUGAAGAAAUGGAAGAGGACGAGGAUGGGACAUUCGACGAUUCCAAAUUCCUGGAGCUGGAACGCACGCAAACUGGUCGCAAGACGAGUAUUUUCAAGUAUUACUCGUUCAAAGAGAAAGAUACAAUGCCGAUCUCGACAAAGAAACCGGGUCCCCUUAUCGGAGUAAUUGAUGUUGGCACGCGGACCGUUCGUUUUGUGGUGUUCAAUGCAAAGCAUGUAGCUGAAGUGGCAUCUCAUCAAAUCGACGUAGAACAAAUAAGUCCGCACGAAGGAUGGGUGGAACAGGACCCAAAAGAGAUCCUUUUUGCAAUAAAAGCGUGCAUUAAAGAUGUUAUUCGGAAAUUGGAUGUGUUUGGGUCAAAGGUGGAAGAUAUAUUAACGAUCGGUAUUACAAAUCAAAGAGAAACUACAUUAGCAUGGGAUGCAACGACCGGUGAACCAUUACAUAAUGCGAUAGUGUGGUCCGAUAUAAGAACGAAUUCCAUUGUCGAUCAAAUAAUAGCUAAGUUUCCGGAUCAAAGUAAAAAUCAUAUUAAACCAUUAUGUGGUUUACCAGUGAGCCCGUAUUUUUCUGCUCUAAAAAUUCGUUGGAUGAAGGAUAACGUGCCCACUGUUAGAAAAGCGAUACGGGAUAGGCGAUGCAAAGUGGGGACAAUGGAUACCUGGGUUGUUUGGAACUUAACGGGUGGCAAAGACGGUGGAUUGUAUAUUACUGACGUAACGAAUGCAUCAAGGACCAUGUUAAUGAACAUAGAGACUCUUUCAUGGGAUCCAACAUUAUGCAGAUAUUUCGACAUUCCUAUGCAAAUAUUGCCAGAGAUUAAGAGCAGCUCUGAAAUUUAUGGAAAUAUUGCAGUUGGUCCGUUGAAGGGCAUCACUAUAUCUGGUAUUUUAGGAAAUCAGCAAUCAGCGUUAGUCGGACAAAAUUGUUUAAAGAAGGGACAAGCGAAAAACACCUAUAGAAGUGGAUGCUUUUUGCUAUGUAAUACGGGAACAACACGUGUGUAUUCUUCUCAUGGAUUAGUUACAACGGUGGCAUAUCAGCUGGGUCCAAGAAGUCCAGCGGUUUAUGCACUGGAAGGUUCAAUUGCGGUAGCAGGUGCUGCUAUUAAAUGGUUACGAGAUAAUAUGAAACUUAUUAAGGAUGUUCAUGAAAGCGAACAUUUGGCUCAAAGUGUUUUUAGUACGGGCGAUGUAUAUUUUGUGCCAGCUUUUACAGGACUGUACGCUCCGUAUUGGAGAAAAGAUGCGAGAGGAAUUAUUUGUGGUCUUACUGCAUUUACAACGAAACAGCAUAUAAUAAGAGCAUCAUUGGAAGCUGUUUGUUUCCAAACUAGAGAUAUUUUGGAAGCUAUGUAUAAAGAUUGUGGUUUUCCAUUGACCAAAUUAAACACAGAUGGAAAAAUGUCAACAAAUAAUCUUCUUAUGCAACUGCAAGCAGAUCUUUGCGGUACACCAGUAUUCAGAUCAACAAUGCCAGAUAUGACGGCGUUAGGUGCUGCAAUGGCUGCAGGUCAUGCAGAAGGUAUAGAUGUUUGGGAAUUAGAAGGUGAAAAUAUAGAAACAGUACUUAGUGAUACAUUUUUACCAACGACAACGCCAGAAGAAAGAGAUGCUAGGUAUAAAAAAUGGAAGAUGGCAGUUGAAAGAAGUUUAGGCUGGGCGGCAGUAAAGAAAUCUGAUCAAAUGACAGAUGAAAGAUAUUACGUACUGGCAUCCAUCCCUGCAAGUUGGUUUUUAAUGACAAGCUUCAUUUUAUUACGAUUAAGUUAUUAUUUGGGAAAUCGGUGACGACAUUUAUAUUAUUAUAACGAAGGAUCAUUUAGAUAGCAAAUAGCCUAUAUUGUAUUGUAAAUGCAAAUAGGAGUAUGGCCGUCAAGCCUUAAUUAUUAAGUAGAUUAUCAGGCCAUCAGUAAUUAAAACACAAAAAAAAAAAUAGUUCAAGAAACUGCUUCAAUUCAGUAGAACAAAUAAUAUUUCGAACUUUGCAAAAAAAAUCUAUAUAGUUCAUUAAAUGAAGCGCUCAAAGCAAAGAACUUUCAAGCCAUUAAUUUUAAAGGAAUAUUUCAAGGAAGAAAGUAUUAGAAACAAUGCACAUGCAUGUAAUGACUUAAAAAAUUCACUUAUUCGUUAUUUUUUAUUGACUAUUGAUGCAAGAUAACGUGGUAUUUCGCGAAGCAUUACUGCCAAGAAAAUAGACAAAGAAUUAAGUAUAGUUUUGUAUAAUUUUGUAGAAUUGUAAACGUUUUUUAAUAUUUUAAGGAUUUACAAUUAAUUAAAUUUUUAUAAUUUAGUCUAUUCUCGUCGCUUUAUUUUGUACGUUCAAUUCGUCUGUUAUAUUGUCAAAAAAUCGUCUAUGUACAAUGUUAAAGCUGUUGUAUUAUAAAAUCAACCAUUGGAAAUACACGUUCGUCUUGUUUUA